AUGGCAACGUGCGGCGGAGGAGUCAACGGUGUCCCGGCUGGAAGUACUUAUUGUCGGUAUUCCUGCCUUCAGGAUAAGAUCGACGUGGAGGAGGAGAGCGAGUCCUCUCUGCUGACGGCGCUCACCGAGAUCCUGGACAGCGUGGAGGACGACGGCGGGACGCUGUCGCCGUUCGACACGCUGCCCGCCUCCGAGUACCUCAACGAGCAGCGCGCCAGGAACCCUUCGUCGGACGGCCGGCUGCGGAAGCCUAAACUCCGCUCCUCCACGCUGCUCUUCACCCAGAGGAGCGAGGAGGGGGAGGAGGAGGAGGAGCUGCGCUGCACGGCCUCCCUCCGGCUGCGGGCGGAGCGGGAGGUGGAGCGGGAGGUGGAGCUGUCCCUGGUCAGCCUCGUGCGCCUCAUGCACCCCUACUGCCUGCAGGUGCACCUGGAGGAGGACGGGGGGGCCUGGCCCCCCCCCGGCCCCCCCGCCCUGCCCUCCCAGGGGGAGGUCCUGAAGUACGUGCGGCCGUCGGAGGACAGCGACGAGGAGGUGGACGUGGACCUGCUGGACGACGAAGAGGAGGAGGAGGAGGAGGAGGGCGGCGCCCGGCCGGACGCCGCCGCGGACGAGGCGGGGCUUAAGGGCGUGCUGGUGACCCGCAGCGGGCCCCCGGGGGCCCGGGAGAAGAAGAGGAGGGGGAGGAGGGGGAGGGGGAGGGGGAGGAGGAGCCGGAGCGACCGGUGUGUCUCUCCGCAGACGCCGGCGCCGCCCCGGUCGCCGCCCCCCCCCCCGCCGCCCCCUGAGGGGGUGCAGGCGGCCGGGCUGCUCCCCCCGGUCAGACCCAGGGCCCUCAGCCUGCAGCAGUACCGCCAGCUACGGCAGGACAGACGCCCCCUGGUGGAGAGGCCAGGCGACAGCACCCCGGGGUGGCCCCUGCUGUCUGAGACCCCCCAGGGGCUGCCCCCCUUCCUCUGUCUGCAGGGGGCCGUGGAGACGCCCCGCGGCCCCCCUGGGGGGCAGUCCUCGUCCCUCAGGGCCCUCCCCCGCAGAGCCAAGCGCCCCAGGCCUGAGCCCAGAGGGGCCGCCCCCGGGGGCCCGGGUUCAGACGGGACGGCCCCCGUGAGCAGCGACCCCCCCAACCCCGUCCUCCUCCCCAUGCCGGCCGCCCGCCCACGGCCCCCCGCCGGCCCCGGGGCCCCAGCCGAGCCAGGCCCCGGGGCCCCCCCCAGCAGAGGCCUGCUCCAGGAGAUCCGCCGGCAGCUGGCCAGGAUGGAGCAGACGCACACACAGACACACACACAGACGCACACACAGACACACACACACCCAUCACCCCCCCCAGAGGCGACGGAGCCGACAGAAAGCACACACGGACCCGUCGCCGAGGCGCGGCCUUUACCCGGGACCCCCGAGCCCCUCGACGCGCUCAGGUCCACCUGCGCUGUGGCCCCGCCCCACCGCGGGCCCCGCCCCCCGGGGGACUCAGGGAUCGAGGCGGCCGACCUCACCAGCCUCCUGGAGCAGUUUGAGGAGACGCAAGCCAAGGUGAACCUGGGGCAGCUGCAGGGCUCUCCAGGGAACGGUUCUGAAGAGCGCAGCUCUCUGCAGGCUGGCUCCUCUGCAGAGAGCUGUGGGAGCAGCCCAGCGGACCGGAACCACCACGCCCCGCAAGCCACAAGCCCUCCCGUCCCGUCCCACGGCGUUCCCGACGGCGUUCCCAGCGGCGUUCCCGGCGGCGUUCCCGGAGCCCCGGACCCGUCCCAGGCCAGGCAGCAGCGGAAGCCCCCCCUGUCGUCCGCUCAGAGGAGGCCGGCCCUCAGGGCGAAGGCCCCGGCGUCCCGCGCCAUCCUGAUCAUCGCCCCCCAGCCGCUGCCCCCCAAGAAGACCCUGAGCCCCCCCAAGCCCGGACCCCCGGCCUGCUCCCACGUGUCGUCCGACCACGACUACUGCGCCCCCCAGGACCGUCGGGCGCGGGACCCCUCGACCCCCCCUGCGGUGACCUCCCACCCCGGGCCGUCCUGCCAGGCCGUCCGUCCCCCCAGGAGCCAGGGGGCCCCUGAGGGCCCCCUGGACACGCCGCCGCCCGCGGAGCCCACGCCGUCUCUCUCCGGGGGGGCGGAGCCGGGCCGUGGCCCCGCCCCCGCCGCGGUGACGGACAGGGGGCCGCAGUGCGUGUUUGCGGCGCCGCCCCCCAGCCCCCCGCGGAGAGGCCGGGAGCGGCAGGCGGCCCGGAGGUACCGCAAGUCCCGGCGCUCCGACUCGGGAUCCAACUCUGCCUCCUCCUCGUCGGAGUCGUCGUCUUCACCCUCCUCCUCCUCCUCCUCCGGCAGCUCGGGCAGCCCGUCUCCCAAGAGGAAGAGGUUCUGUCCUCAGCGUUCCUCGUCGAGCUCCGGUUCCUCGUCGAGCUCCGGUUCCCGCUCCCCCCGCCGGCGGUACCACUUCACCGUCUCCCGCUCGCGCUCCAGUGGCUCCCGGUCCCGGUCCUGGUCCCGGUCCUGGUCCCGGUCCCGGUCCCGGUCCCGGUCCCCCCGGAGCCACCGGAGGCGCUGGGGGGCGGAGGUGUACAGCAGGAGCAGGGAGGCGCGUCGGCUCCAGCGCCGCCGGGAGACCAGGCUCCACAAGCUCAAGGCCAUCGACGAGCGCCGGGUGGUGUACGUGGGGCGCAUCCGGAGAACCAUGACCCACGACGAGCUGCGCGAGCGCUUCUCCCUGAUCGGGGACGUGGAGGGCGUCUCGCUGCACUUCAGGGAGCGGAGCGACAGCUACGGCUUCGUGACGUUCCUCCACAUGGAGGACGCCUUCGCCGCCAUCGAGAACGGCGGCAAGCUGCGGCGGCCGGACGAGCGACCCUUCGACCUCUGCUUCGGCGGCCGGCGCCAGUUCUGCAAGUCUGACUACGCUGACCUGGACUCAACCAAAGACGAUGAAGCUGGAGGCCGGUUUGAAGACCUGGACUUUGAUUCGCUACUGAAGCAGGCCCAGAAGGGGGCGGAGAGCUAGAAGACCCGGGGGCCAUGAGCUAGGGACCGGAGCCACGGACCGGAGCUUCAGGCUACAUACUCUGAGGAUAUAUACAUACUAUGGAGUACUGAUACUACGUACUAUGAGGAUAUAUACAUACUGUUAGCACUAUGGAGUUCGAACCGUUUGUGUUUGUUUUGACGUUCUUGUCUUUUUGUUAAUAUUUUUACGUUGUAAUAUAUUGUUAUAUAUGGGCGGGGAGGGAAGAAGUGGGCGGGGUUAACUUUGAAAUGUUUAUCCGGUUUUAUGUUAGGAGAUAAAUAAAUUACCCGGAGAUAUGAUUGACAGAAUUGUAUUAUGAAACGAUUUUUUUAUCACAAUUAAACAAAGGUUUACAAAGUUA